GCGAGCGAAACCAUGCGCUGUGUGCGUUCCAGCUUCGCGUAUCUUUGGCGCAGUCUCGGUCGCUGGGCGUCAGGUUCGCGUGCUCACUGUCAGCCAGCGGUCGGUUAGUUGGACGAGCGCAGUGGUCGGUUUCGGUUCGGUCUUACGGUACGGCGUUAGUUUUGGUCUACCCCACGCGUUUUGCGACACGCUCGCUGGUCGCGCGGUUCAAUAACGCGAGCCGCCGUUGCGUUCCAGCGUCAGCUCUUUCCCACGCGUCACGUCUGUGCUUUGUGUGGGGGGAGGUUUUUUUGGAGGGCGCCUUGUACGUGUGUCAAGCGAUGGUAGGUCGUGGAAUGUGGCGCCUCCUUCCUGUGCGUACGUACGAUUAAUGUCGAAGAAUGUCGUGCGAAAUAUCCACCCGACACGGGCAAGGAUAUUAAGGGGCCAGUGUCAGAAAGCUUAUCACAUAUGUCAAAAAGGAUGUUAGUUUUGUUGGUAUGCUCUCGAUAAAAAUUCUUCUUCCAAAAAAAGGGGUGAUAAAAGUGGUGAGAACAUAAUAAGUGAAUGCAUCAUACGCAUCAUCAUUACUGGAAAAUUUCAAAACUCGUAAACGAAAGGAAACUCUCCACUAACUACCUCCUUGGAAGUGUGUUUUUUUUGCAUCACUCAAACAACUAAAGCUUUUCACUCGAUUGUUUCAAUGUUUUCGCCCACCACCACCAACAGCCUAUACCCGAAAAGCAGCGCGAAGUUCAAGAAAGUUCACACAGAAUGUCGAUAUUGUGGCACAACGUUUCUGUGCUUCUUCCUUUGCGAAAAACGGACGGUAAAGUUAUCCCUCCCCCCGCCCGAUACGCGGGACUGGGCGUGGGUGGUAAGUGGGCAUAGUGUUUUGCGGAAAAGUCACGCCGAAUUCCGUACGAACGUCGCCCGUGUGGGUUGGCGUGAAACGUGAAAAUCGAUUCCCUCGCGCUGUGGAAAAGCGAAGUGAAAUGUGACGACGGUGGAGAAGGAAGAAAUGCUAUACGAUUUACUGGUGGAAAAUGAUUGAGCGAAAGAGAGCGUAAUGGUUGGUUCUACGAGAGUGGAAGUGUGAGCGAAUGAGUGCAUAAGGUGCGGAAAGCGUUUUUGACAGUGUUCGGGGGGGAGAAAAAAAAAGAUUCCAUCCUCCUGUCUUUAGUGAGAGGAAAAGUGCUUGUUUGAGUCUGUAUGUGUGUGUGAGUUGUGGUGAAUGGAACGACUCACUCGUGAGAAAAAAUGUUCGCUAGUGCUUUAUGGGCUGUGAGGGAAAAUGGGAUUGUUUACUUUAGUGUUUCAUUCAUUUUAGGAUACGUUAGUUGAGAUGAGAAUUUCAUUAAACAGAGAGAGAGAGUGAGAGAAAGUAGGAACGUCUUCUGUUUGUGCAAAGGAAAAUUUAACAAUAUGAUAAAGAAAAAGUUUUCCACAAAUGAAACAAAAUAAAGACACAUUUACUGUACCGAGUGAAGUUGAAGCAGAAAAAAAGCACAAAUCUUUUGCUGUGUUGUGAAAAUACUGAGCGUAGUAGGCUGGGAAAUUCUUGUUCGUAAGCUCACCAAUUGCGUUUUGCUCUCACCUCUGCGUUCCGUGAGUGCCUCAUUUUCUUCACCGGUGCUUCUAAUUUUCCGAAAGAAUUUUUAUAGACAAUUUCUUCGGAAUCGCAUAAUUAUUAGUUGAUUGUUUUAUGUUGAUACUGUUCUGUGUUAUGUUGUGAAAGUAAUAAAUCAGCUCAUAUUUACGAGCUAAUGUGUGUUGUGAGCGUGAGAGAAGAGUAAGAGAGAAAGAGAAAGAGAGAGAUCGGUGGCUGAGUGUCUGUUCUGUGCCCCCUUCUGUGGUUACAUAUUAAUGUUGUGUGUGUUUGUGUGAUUUUUUUUUACAGUGCGCAGGGAAUGCAUCCUUUCGAGUGCAGUGAGUGUGUAAGAAAUGUGAAGCAUCCUGGGCGUAUGGAAGUGCAGCAUUUGUGGCACGCAUAGUGUGUAAGUGGUAAAUACCGUGUGGACGACGGCGUGGUUAGAUUGGAUGCCGUCUGCGUACACGGAGCUCUGUUUGGAGCUGGUUACAUCAGCAGCACUCUCUAAUAAGAUUACGCGCGCCCAGGAAGAGGAUAGGUGUAGAAGGCUUUUCACUGGUUUCAGUGUUACCUUACCUUGGGCACGUGUCGUAGACAAGCAAUCUCCUUUCGCUGCUCAAAAAAAUAAACGAAUCUAUUGAACCAGCAAUAAGCAGCCGGGUUUUGGUUCGAUUUCAUCAUGGCCUAUCGGGGUCCCGUCGUUGGGUAUCGUUAGCCAAAGACGACGUGCACAACAGUAUCAAACUGCUUGAAGAAAGAAAAAAACAACCCCAAUACACACUUCAAAAGAACAGAGAAAAGUGAUUUGAAGCAAACAACAGCACAACAAACGAACAACAGCCGGUGAAAUUAAUCCCACGCGGUCACCGUUUGCGUUUUUUUUUUGUUGGUUUGGUUUUGUUCGGCACGGUUCCUCGGAAGUGGAAACAAUUUAGCGUCACAAAAAGAUGGUAGAAUCGGGCACCAUUAGCCGUACCAGCCCGGGUUCGGCAUCGAUCGUGGCUACCGGUGGCGUACGGAGCGGCAUCCUCGAGACGCGGGUACGUGGCGCUUGGUACCGCGUAUCGGUCAGCCUGGAAACGGAAUACAUUUCCGUGAGCUUGGAUGAGGCUUGCGAACCGAUCGAUCACUCCACCACACUGAACGGCACAUUAGGGAGCAACCACAGCGGUAACAAUGGCUCGAACAAUUCCUCCCAACCGUCGUCGGCGGGCGCUUCCGGGCCAUCGAUCCACUCGUCGGAAAACCUGAGCACGGGCCUGAACGCAUCCACACCGCUGACAGCGAACGGCAGUGUCAGUCUACCGAACGGGAUCGUACCGGGACCGGGUCCGGGUACGGGCGGUGGCUUAAAUGGCGAUAAUUUCCUCAACAACAACAGUGGCAAUGGGGGCGGUGGUGGUAGUGUCGGCGGUAGCAAUGGGACCGGCACUGGUACGAGCAACGCAAGCAGCACGAACGGUACUAAUGGCAACACACACAGCAACGGACCGGGUGCCAACAACAACCACAGCAGCAACAACAACAGCAUCGACAACGGCAUCGCGGAGAUCUGUGACGUGCCGGAUUCGGUGGCAAACCAGAAACGACAUGUGCGUGUCAUCAAAUCGGACAACAACGGGCUCGGUAUCUCGAUCAAGGGUGGCCGGGAAAACCGGAUGCCCAUAUUGAUAUCGAAAAUUUUUCGCGGCAUGGCGGCGGACAACGCGAAAGGGCUAUACGUCGGUGACGCCAUCCUGUCCGUCAAUGGGGAAGAUCUGCGGGACGCAACGCACGAGGAAGCCGUACGGGCGCUCAAACGGGCCGGCCGUGUGGUCGAUCUUGAAGUGAAAUUCCUGCGUGAAGUCACACCCUACUUCCGGAAGGCAAGCAUCAUCUCGGAGGUGGGCUGGGAACUGCAGCGAGCCUUCCUGUGUCCCCUCGGUCCGAACGCUUCCUCACCACCGGGCGUUGCACCGCGCAGCCCUCCACGGGCCGAUACGCGUUACAUCCCUCUGCAACUGACACAUUUGGCACGGAAUCUCAAAUACCACGAUCCCGAGAACCGGUGCAUAGAGCUCCACUCACCGGAUGGCAUCCAUUCGUGCAUCUUGCGAGCGAUGGAUCCCCAGGAAGCGACCACAUGGUUUAACGCGCUGCACUCCGCCAUCGGCAAGAGCACUCAGAAGGCACUGCUGGAUGCAAACCGGGCACUAGUAUCGAUCAUCGGCGAGCUGAAGCACAUCGGUUGGUUGAGUCGGCGGAGCGGUGGCGAACCGAAUGGACGCUCUAGCUCGGAGAGCUCCGACGAACUGGACAAAUGGCAAUCGAUUUUCGUUGCAGUAACCGAUCGAGAGCUGCGCCUGUACGAAAGCGCACCCUGGUCGGUGGAAGCAUGGAGCAGACCGUUCGAAAGCUGUCCCCUGGUGGCCACUCGGUUAGCCGGUGCCGGCAACACAUCAACCGUCGGUUCCAACUCGAGCACACAUUCGAGCGUAUUCUGCAUCCGGUGCGGUACGACACGGGGUGUCGUUAGCCAUUGGUUACGGUCCGAGACGAACCGGGAUAUGGCGGCGUGGGCCCGCGUUUUGGUGCAAGGCUGCCAUAAUGCCAUCAUCUGUCAGCGAGAAUUUUCCUUCCGUUGCCUAUUUCAGGGACGUCCUUGUCAAUUAAUCGUACACCUGGAUCGUGGAUUUACGCUGCUAGAUAGUGGGCUCGGUCCCACAUCGAAAGCACUCUGGACGUUCCCGUUCGACAAGCUGAAAGGUUCGGCCGACGAUGGUAAUAAGCUGCUGUACCUCGACUUUUCCGGUACGGAGGAUGGUGCUGAAUUGGAGUUGGACAUGGAAUGCUGUCCCAAGCCGGUUGUAUUCGUGCUGCACAACUGUCUGUCGGCGAAGGUACACUCACUGGCAUAAGCUCGACCCGUGUUACACCCGGUUUAGCUGUUUACCAUUUUUACUGAGCUUCCUUCGUUGUGAGUGUGUGUGUACUGGCAGCAAACUGGGCCGGUCCUCGACGUGUGAGUGUUUCGCCGGUUGUACGACACACGACAGACGCUCGUCCUUUUGAUGUAAUCUGUAAAUAUGGUCACCCACAAUUGUUCGAGUACGGCAUACUAGAACGCUCGCGUAAGGAGCUUUUCUCUUGUACGUGUUUGUAUGCAUGUGUAUGUAUGUGUGUGUGUGUAUGUAUGGGAGGAUAACUUACGGCAUUAAGAUGUACGUUACUUUCCCCGCGCAAAACGGUAGUUCUACGUAGGCAAAUGGGUCAUCCAAGUCUUUCCCCCCCGUAAGCCAUCGCAUACACCCGAACAGAUGGGUUCGUUUGUUGUUUGUUUUUGUGCGGAUUCAGCGUCAUGUUGAGUUUUGUUCUGUUUGUUACUAGUUUUGUGUAGUAUAGUGGGAAGUAGAGUCCGCAAGAAGUCAGAGUUCGCGUUAAGAAAGAUAAAGUAUAAACGUAGGUAAAUCUUGUAAGCAGGGCGUAAAAGAAUGUACUUAAAGGGAAAUUUGUGUAAUUGUAACUGAAAGCAUCUUAAUCAUUAACGCCGUAGUGAGCAUUCUGGAUACGAUGAGAUAUACUCAAAGGUAUGCACGGAUUCGUUCGCUUCCGCAAACGUUUGGAACGGUUUGUCAGAGGUGUUCAUUUGUGUUCAUUUCCGCUUGGCAAAGGAUAUUUAUUUAUGAAAAUGAGUUAUGUGGAAAAUUCAAUAGUUAUUAUAACCUAAAUUAAUAAAAUUAUUUGUUAUCAAUGAAAGACAAUUAUAUGUUUUAUGCAAAAUUAAAAACAAAAAUCAAAUAUUCAAAUUUUAAGUAUUUCAAAUUCAUUUAGGCUUGAUUUUAAAAAAUAUUUAAGUAGUUUUUGUCAACGUGAACGAAGCGUAAGUUGACUUAUUUCGAUUUUUGAGCGUGCGACAAACGGAACACGAAACGAACGAAUUCGUCCAUGUCUUUGAUUGAGCCAUGAAAAAUCUUCAUUAAUAAUUAAUACUCUUUCCUCUCGGUUUUGUAUUGUAAGCCAUUCCUGCCAAACAAUAUUUGAGGGCACACCGAUUUUUCAUAACUUUUUAUUGUGUAAAUUAUUUUUAAAUUUUCUAAUACAACAUUAUUUUUUGCUAAUAAUCUUCUCUAUAUGUUCUCUACACUCACAUAACUUCUUGUCCAGUUUCACAUACCAACAUAUUUAUGUUGCCCACAUCCCAUGCCAUUUUCGUUGACAUAAUGAAUCUGUUUGUACAAUUUUAAGACUUUGAUCGACGAUGUCAUUCUGCAGAUGAAAUUAACGUCACGGCAGCUCAAAGUCCUUAUGUCCCAACUUCGCCCACUCCCCCCUUGGUCGUAGCUGUACCUGUCAGAAUGUGCUCAAAAAUGCCACGGUUUCCGUACUUGCGUCAUGCGGCUACCGUGUGCCGAUUGUGUUUCCUUUCAUUGCAACGGGCGGAAGCAUAAGUUUCGUCUUCGAUCGCCUGUAGCAUCGUUUGGCUGCUUCUCGGAAUCUACCGUUUCAUUUCGUGGCCCUGCUGUAGGAUGAGAUUAUCGAUUUGAGGCAAAGGAAAACAGCCAGGCCCCAUUGAUUGAUGUAUCGAAAUUAGAAAACUUUCGCAAACAGCUCUUCACGCUCGAGGUGUGUUGUUAGGGCUAAGCGGUUUUGGGAGGAUUUUUGUGUUUUUGGGGUGUGUGGGUGUUUUUUUUUUGUUCUGUUCCUUUUCCCGGUGAGUGGGAAUGAAAGAAAAUGGAAAACUAAUUUUCCAAACCAUCCCACAAGCAUAAAUGUAGCUGUUUCCCGAACAGAAUGAUUUUCCGUUGGCAUAGUGCAAUUUUCUGUUGAGUUUUGUCAACCUAGUGGUGUGACAGGUUUUGCUUUUUUCUGGUAUAAUAGGUACACGGCUAAACCGUAAACCAUCUUCAUUUCUUCCGUUCCUUGUUGCAAAAAGGUGCAGGUAACAAAUUUUUUACACUCAUAGCGAAACUUUGUGUCAUUUUUAACGAACGGAGCAGCUUGUACUGAGUCGUUAAAGAAUAUUUAAUUCAACGAAGAAAAAACAAAAUGGUUGGUAGGUCAAUUUUUGCCUUACUUCAUGAGUUUGCCCUUUUUUCGGAUUUUCUACCCAGAAAUUCAUCUAUUUUUUGGGAUAGCAAAAAUUACUGGAAAAGUUCAAAGUAACUGAUGUUUCUGACCAUCGUGAUCAUUGACGAUUUCGUAGAAUUACUCCUCUCUAUAUUUUUUAAUGAGUUUUUCAAAUCCUCUCUUCCCUCAUUACCGGAAAUCAUUUUGUAAACGAAUAACUACUAACUAUUCUACACUCAAAAAAGUUGAAUGUAAUUAAAAACUUCUAAUUGUCAAUGUUUUGAAGUUAAUUUAUUUAGUUGAACAAUAUCAAUAGGCUGAUCCGAUGGUGUAUAUGAUAAAGAUUGCCAGUUCUACAGGACAGGAUCGGGUAUCAAAUCCCAUCCGGACCCUACCCCCGUAGCAAGGACUACCUAUCCGGCUAUGUGGUAAAACAAGUCUAUUAUAAGCCAGAAAUGGCCGGCAUGACCUCUAUGGUCGUUAAAGCCAAGAAGAAAGAGGGAGAGAGAGUAUCACAGUCCCAUGGUGAAGAAGAAAAUCACAAUUUUUCAUACGAAGAGGAACGGUCCGAGAAGGAUUUGGUACCAGGUCGUGUCGAGUGAAAAUGGUCGACUCUAUCAUCUAAACCAUCUGUUCACUCGAACUUGAGAGCGUUGGAAUGAUAAUUUAAGCUAGAACCAACACUGAGUUAUAAACUAAAAGAGAUGUAGAGAGGGUUUUUACUCAUAUUUUGUUACAAUGAUGAUAGAAAACUGUUUUUAAAUUUACUGCACAAUUUUAUUUUUCAUUUUUUUAUUAAUCUGAUUAUUUAACGAGUUUAAAAAACAAACAACAACUUCUUUAUGUUUUGCAAAAAAAAAAUAGUCAUUUAUAGUCUUCCUAAACCAUUCCUACACACAUAUCUUUCGCUUCUGUAUCAGAAAAAAAAUUAUAUCAAAACUUGUUAAAUUAGUAAAAUAAACAAAACCACAAGCAAUUGCCAUUUGCAAAACAAUAAAAUGCAAAAGUGACUAGCAAAAGGAUAUGACAAGGGAAGUUUCCACUUUCCAUCAAGCAAUUGAUAAGAGCUUCCCAAACGGUAUGGGGUUAACAAGAACAGAAGCAAUGCUAAGCAGAGACUGGAAUAAAUGAAGGCAACUACUGUGUGGCGAGCAAAAAUAGCUCGCCAGAAGAUAAAAGAUCCAAUUGUCGCAAAAACGGCAUAAGAAUUGAGUGGGAAGUGUCAACGAAACAGAUAAAGCAAAGUUGCAAAAUAAAUUGUUGAGUUUCUGUUUGUAAAAUCGCUGCUGUUCGCUAGCAAAUUCGUUCAACCACUUGACCGUUUUCCGUUUCUUGUUAGUCAAAGCCCACGACCCACACUGAAAUUGGUGUGAGGGAUGUAAGGAUUCAUCCAUCAUCGUACCUUGUGUGCGGGAACAUGUGUUACACGGCUUUCGGAACGAAACAUAGUCCUAAUCGAUUCGGUUUACCUUGUUCCGUUUAGAACCAUUUAACGCUGAUGCGUUAAGUAGAACAAUUUUUUUUUCUUUUUUUGUUGGAAAUUUAAUCUGUUUCCCCCAUUCUGUAUGAUGGAUGGAACGGACGAUCGGUGUGGUGUAGCGCGAUCUUGCAAAACUUUCGUAGCGAAUCAUAUCAAAUUCAUAGCAUAAUUUCUUGUCUUGCGCAAGCGUUCGAAAAUGAUAUUAAAGGAUCACAAUUUCAUAAGAUAAAAAAACAACACUGGAAUGCUCGUUCCGUAAAAUCGUACCAUCUAUCUCUCUGUAUAUACGAUCUCUUUCUCACAUCUUUAUCCCCUUCAUACAACGCGAGUUCCCUCGUUUGCCAAACGAAGAGGGAGUGCAUCUGAGAGGAACGGUACCUUCAACUAAUGAGUAAUAAGUAAAUAUAUACAAACGGCAAACACAGCACCAAACACACUGCUGGCUACAAGUGCGACGAGCUGGCGUGUGUUUGGACAUUUAGAAUUCAGCCCGAAUUCUGUUUUGUGUCUGCGUGUGUGUGUGCAUGUGUUUAAGUGUACAUGAUCUUUAUAGUGAUAUGUAGCUGGGACGUGGGGGAAAACUGUAGAAUCCUGAAAGCAGUUGAUAAUAGUGCAAACACACCGAAUGGUUUUCCACACCUUUGAACAGCUCAUCAACGAUAUGUUGCAUGUCCUACAGUGGAUGGAAAAUACCAACCGAAAAAUUUAAACAAAAACAAACAAGAGUCAAAACAGCUGUAGAAAUGGCGUAUUCAAAGAUCAAAAAUGUUAUACAAAGGAACACACAAACAUACACACACAAACUCCAUUUUGCUGGUGAGUUGAGAUGCAAAUAAAAAAAAAACACGAAACCAAAGUUGUACUUUAAGAGUAUGUUAGUUCAUCAUCAAUCUGUGCAGGUGGUUGGUCAAAAACAAGAAACACAAAAAAGCAAAGAUGAAGGUAAAACAUUCUACAAUUUUGGCUCCAUAAAGUGUGUACGUGAUGUAAACAUGUUCCAUGUAGAUGUAAAAUCAUUCAAAUCGUAAAAUUUUGCAAAACAAAAAAGAACUUUAAACGAAAUACAGAAGAAUGUAAAAAACUACGAACCGUUUGAUACUGCGCAUUAGAAAGAGAGCAAAACGAGAAGCAUAAAAACACACAGAAAACAUGUUAUGUCAGAAAAAUGAAAUCACAAACACACAUCUCAAUGUUUUGUCUACUACUUCAAACGGCAAACCGAACUGGACUGGAAGUGAAAAUUGAUGAAUGCUGUUUGACAUUUUUCUUCAGUCUCAUUCGUGGCACGCGAAAUGAGUGAUUUUGGGUUGGGGGAGAAAAUGUGGUGUUAGGAGAGAAAGAAAAAACAGAAGAAAAACUUGUAAAACAUGUUUUACACAAUUUGGAAAGAAUUUCCGGUACGGAUUGUAAUAAAACUUCAACUCAUUCGUAAUUAAAAUUUGAAGCAAUUAGAAGAAAAGAAAACAAUGUAUGUAGUGAACGAGAAAUGAAACGAAUGUGAAUGAAAAAAAAACAACUAUAGAAAACAGAACAACACGAAUCCAAAAUUGUCUAAUGAAUCUUUUUUCUCUUUAAAAUUAAAAAAACAGAAAAAACAUACACCCAGCUAUACAGGCUGAAAGAAGCAGCUCACUAACACCAUACUAAGCAUAAAUACUAAAAUAGUGUUGGGGGAGAGUGUAUUGACGAAUUUUCGUAAGGUAGUAGAGUAACAGAGGCAAAGCAACUUGUGGAGAGAGAAAAAAAUAGCAACCGAGUGCGCCAGUUAAAAAGGCAUGGAAAAAAAGCUAACAACAGCUACUAAUCUUAACAAAAGUCAAAAACGGACUUUGGCAAGAAAAAGUCCAUCACGAAAAAUCAAAAAUAAAACCAAUUGUAUCAUACUUAA